GGUCUAUUUGAUUCAUCCCCAUACAAAACAACACACUGCUAGUUCCCUUUCAGUGGGAUUUCACGCGCCGGGACAGGAACACACCGACCGAGACUGAACCGGUGUCGACGAAGAUGAUGCAUAUUGACAUGCAUAGUACAUUAAAACCCAUCAGGUUGAAUAAAUUGUGAUUAUUUUAAGGAUAUAUAAAGAGGAAACGGGGGAACGGGAUUGGGAACGUGUGUUGCUGCUGUUCACCUAACGUUACAGCCGAGUAGAGCUAAUGGGGGAUCACACUGUUGUGCGCCACGUCUCGAAUCAAGCACUUGGGACCAGACCGUCUACUUAGCCGGUGCCAGAGCAUGCAUACUGUCGUGCUGGAUGCAGAUUAACAACCAGAAGAGAAAGAAACCAUUUCCCUGGCUCACAAUGAGAAAUUGUAUCUGAUUAGCUGUAGACAAAAAGCCAGGAAUCACUUAAAAAUCAAAAAGAGACAUUUAAAAAAUAUAUAUUGUUGGACUGGUGUCGAACGGGCUCCCAUAGGAUGACCAGCCUUUUUCGGCGCAGCAACAGUAAUGGAGGCUCUCGGGGGAGCGGCGGUUCGGCAGCAGGGGAGCUCAACAACUCCAGGCCCAACCGGCAAGUUCGACGCCUGGAGUUCAAUCAGGCCAUGGAGGACUUCAAAACCAUGUUCCCAACCAUGGACUAUGAGGUUAUCGAGUGCGUUCUCCGCUCCAACAACGGAGCUGUGGACGCCACCAUUGACCAGCUCCUCCAGAUGAGCAUUGACGGGCAGAGCUCGGAUGACAGCUCAGAUUCAGAUGACAGCAUCCCGCCAGAGAUUCUUGAGCGGACCCUUGAGCCAGAUAGCUCAGACGAAGAGCCACCCCCAGUUUACUCUCCACCAACAUAUGACAUGCACAUAUAUGACCGGAAAUAUCCUGAUGCUCCACCUGUUCCUCCACCCAGAUUUGAGGCUCAGCCUCCUCCUGGACAAACACAAGUCAGAGGUUACAAGAACUGGAACCCGCCAUUACUUGGCAAUCUGCCUGAUGACUUUCUGCGAAUCCUGCCACAACAAUUGGACAGUAUACAGGGCUCUCAGAGUAGCAUCUCCAAUGCUCCCUCCUCCUCAUCAUCUUCCUCAGUACCCCAGAAGGACUCUGCCCUGGCAGCAGGAACAGCUGGUGCUUCUGAGCAGGAACGCAAACUGAAGCAAUAUUUGGAAGACGAGCGCAUUGCGCUCUUUUUGCAGAAUGAGGAAUUCAUGAAGGAACUGCAGAGGAACCGAGAUUUUCUCAUUGCUUUAGAAAGAGAUCGAUUGAAAUAUGAGUCAAAGAAAUCCAGAUCCAGUCAUUCGUCAGCUACCACUGAGAACUCCACAGGUGACCACUAUGCCUCUGGAUCUGUAGAUGCCUCCACAGCAGUAUCUGAUGAUGCUUUGUUCAGAGACAAGCUAAAGCACAUGGGCAAAUCAACCAGAAAGAAGCUGUUUGAAAUCGCUAGAGGUUUCUCAGAGAAGACAAAGCGCAGGAAGUCCAAAAGAAGAACGCUGUUGCGGCAUCAUUCAUUGGGCACAGCCAACUCCACUGCCAACCUCCUAGACGAUGUGGAAGGAAACCCAUGUGAUGAAGAAAGUCAACAUAGACGUCUGCCCACUCAGGAAGAGGAGGAGCCACACAAGGAACCACUAUCAUGAUGUUUCUGUCCUCUUGGGAAAUUAGGGUUUCCAUGGUGACCUCAGAAUGACCCAUGGCUGAUAGCUCCCUAUUUGGUGCCGGGCAAACCCAGAAUGGAGAAGCAGACUCCCUCAGACAGGCUGAGAAAGGACUAUAUGAUCGUGUUGUACCAGCCUUUUGCGAGCCUGCAGUUAUUGUUACCUGCAUUUGAUCACUAUUAUAAUUAUCGUAUUGUUAUUGUUUGUUAAUACUUGAUUUUCGUAUAUAAAACAAAACAGAUAUAGUACUGAUUUGAAAAACUUUUGUUUGUUUUCCCAUGAAUCCUAAACAGCUAAAAUUCAUUUCAUUUGUUAUAGAUAUACGUCUCCAUAUAUGAUUUGGGGAAAUCCUGACAUAGAAUUUUCUAAAAGUCUAACCAUUUGGGUCAUAAUGGUCAGAUGUUUCAACACAUUGGUAUUUCCUGACAUCCUAAUGGGCCGCUAUUCUAAUCUGCACAUUAAACAUCAAAGACAUUACUAACUUUCGUUCUGACAAAACACUUACUUUUCUUAUCUUUGCUUUAAGAUAAGAAACACUAUUGUUCAAGUCUCCAUUCAGUCUAGAUUUGAAUUAAGGGUGCUGAUAAGUCCGUUUCCAUUUGUGUAUACAGUUAAAUAACAGAUCCAACAUUACUUCAAAGCCUUUUUCAUACAGUUGGUACCCAGGUAAGGCAGUGCACAUUGUCUGUGUAAUACACAUCUAUCAAGGCCAAAAUGCAAUUUCAGUCAUUUUUACACCAGAGAGGCAAAUCGCCAAAUGAGUUAGCCUUCUCAUUGUUGCACUGCCAUACCCGUUUCAUAAAAUAUUAUACAUUUUUUAAGUGGAUAGAUUGUAUGUACCAGUAGAUGUCAUCUGAACAUCCUUUUAAAGUUAUAUUUCAUAAAGUGUAAGCAUUUUUGUGAUGUUAAAGAACGAGCUUAGAACAAUUUGAAUGAUGCUGUCUUUGAACCAACCAAAAGCUGCUGUGUGGUUUGUUCUUUCGGGAUUUGCACUGAAUGAUUUACCCUAACGCUGUGCUUCCACUACGUCCCGUGACAUAAGAUCAGAAGUCUAUCCACCAAUAAGAAUGUGCCAUCGUGGACUUUUCUAUGUUGCAUCCCAGUAUUGAUUGUGUACGUAGCACUUUGGAGGACGUCAAUGACGUGUUUGUAUGAUGUACGUCAGAAGAUGGUUCAGCAGAUAAGCGUUUGUUUGUUUGUUUAACAAGUCACAAAGUCGCAGUAUUUGAUCAUGUGUUUAUUUCACUACGGUCCCGAUACAAAGCCAUAGCGUUGAUCUUAAUGUUACUGAUAAAUGAGCGCUUGCCGCUUUCUAUGAAAUCGUCAUGUUUUUCAAAGCACUAUAUGUGUUUGUUCCUAAAUAAGUAAUUGACGUUUACUUCAUUUAUUAUGUAGAUACUAGAUACAUUAUGUGGCAUUACGUGUGCUGUGAAGUUUUAAAAGCCAUUAUGAUUUAUGAUUUGUUUGAUUUUAAGGAUGGCACAGUGAAGCAAGUCUCUGAUCUGUUUAGUGAAUGAUGUAAAUAAAAAAUGAAUUGUUUUGCUGAGGAAAGUCAUUGUAGGAUUAGUCAUAAUGCAUACAGUUAUUCUGUAUAGAGGUUGUGUUCCUAGCGUGCACCUGGUUGCUUGUGAUUUACACAGGUCGACUGAUGUACGACUGAGUUUUUCUUCUUUCUUGUUAACAUGUUUUAUGCUCUCAGGGAACUUGCUCUUACUUUAUUUUGUGGUAAAAGCACAUAAACAGCAGAGAUUUUAGUACCAGGUAGCUGCAGUUCUAUAGGCAUUAAUAAUGUCAUAAACUAAUAUUCACCUUCUUUUGUUGCGUCAUGCUGAUGAAAUGGAUUCAAGAUUGGUAUGUGUAGCCAAAAUAUUUUUCUUGCUUAUGUCCAUAUGUAUGCUGACCAAAAUGUAUUAGGUACUCCUUUAUCAUCUUUGGUCUCUCUAUGGCAUUUCUGUGAUCAGAGAGUCAGAUAUGUGAACCAGAUUAUUUGAUUUUGACCGGAUGAGUGUACCAUUUCUACUUUAUUGAUGGGAAGCAACUGUAUGUUAUAAACAAGAAUUUGAUCUUAACAUUAUUUUUUCUAUCCCUUGACAAAUUUUCUGAGGCUCUUUGUCUGCUCAUCCGUUGUGUCUGUUUCAUAUUCAUUCAAAACUCUUUCAAGUUCUGGACUUUCUUACAAUCCAAAUGUUUAUAGCUAUUGAAAUAAAUAAUAAAAUUGUUGUACUAUG